CGAGGGGGUUGAGUUUGCAUUUAUACUUCCUGACGUCGAGAAGAUGGUGUUGUUCGAGUAUUUGACCAAGAUUUCCCCGGCCCAAGCCAUCGGCCAGUCCGUUGUCGGCGCCUUUGCCCUCUCUGGCCUUGUGUGGGGCGGCUUCCGCUACACCGGCGAAGACUUCGGCGGUGCUUUGCCCGGCGAGCCCAAGACCACCUCGGCAGAAUGGCAAGCGGCGACCCGCGACUAUAUCGUCGCCCAGAAGAUGAACCCCAUCAGUUCGUACCGUAAAUAAAUUGAACAUGUAUGGAGGCGCACACCAAGCGAAGGCGAUAGGGGGGUAGCCGCAGCAUGUAUGCAUGCGUCUUUCCCCUGUGUAAUAGAUUGGUUCGACCAUUUGCUUAAUGUGAAGUCUCGUUUGCUCCCCCCAUGCAAAGACGUUCCAUGUACAUGAUCGUGUUAAUCGAAACCUAUCGAAUGCAAACUAAGUUAGGCGA